GGCAUCUCUUUGUCCUCCAGUGGCCAGAUCUGAGACCAGACCGGACCAGGGACCAGGGCGGCAGGCAAGUCAUCCAAGGACCAGACCAACAAAGACCAGCAAAGAAAUGGGCGCCACGGCCUCGAGAAAGAAAACCCCCGGCAGUGGCCAUCCCGAGCACGACGACCCAGCCUACCGCCGUUGCCAAGAGCUCAAGAUGGAGCGCUGGAUACAGAUGCACUACCAGAUCAAGCAGCGGGAACAGGCCUUGGCCAUUGCCCAGCACAGGGAGCUCUUCUACUGGCUGGGCGGCUUCUACUUGAGUGCCAUCUAUGGCAGUGCCAGCUACUAUCAGCGUACGAAACGCCUUUCGGUGCUGGCCCCACUCCUGCCGCUCUCCUUCGUCAUGGGCUACUACACGGACUGGGCCUACGGCAGCAAGCUGCAUCGCAUUCAAGCCGAGGCCAACAUGAUAAUGGAGCACGAGCAGGAGCUGCUGCAUUGGCCGGGCGGCCUGCCAUCGGUGGCGAGCAUCGAUGAGGCGCGUAUGGAGAACGAAAUGGAAAAGAAAAUGCAUCCGCAUCACAUGUAGAGAGGCAAAAGGCUGCCCCUAGAUACGCUGCUCUGUGCGGGAUGGGUGUGCAUUUCGAUGUCCUCCUACUGCUCCUUUUGUACUCCUCUCACUCUCUUUCUAUAUAUUGACCAUUUACUUAACCGAAGUUUACUUGCUCUCUACCGUUCCGAAACACACACUCGCGGUGCGUAGUGGAUGGGUGGAGUACUCACCCCUCGCUCCGGAGUCGCUGAUGGGACGGCGCUUCAAUUUUCCAGCAAUUUUUUGAGACAAUACUCCUUAUAUUGGAUAGUUAAUGAUUGAUAUAUAUAUAUAAAUAUAUAUAUAGUAUAUACACUUAUGUAGUCUAGAUCAUCUAAUAAAAGUGUUUUGCUCCCA